AUGGAAGCUACAUUUGCAAGAUUAACUCAUGAAGUCAAAAGUGAAGCACAACAUAGAUUAUCCAUUAACAUUGUUUUGACUGCCUCUGAUGUUGCAGUCGACGGGUUCUGCGUCAAUCGUUGUGGAACUUAUGAGUCUUCUAAAGGUGCCAUUAUCAGGGGCAAGACAUACAAAUUUUCUUAUAUUUGGGUUGGUAACUCAGAGACUCAAUGCGCUGGCUACUGCGCUUGGCCAUUCCACCAGCCCAUUUACGGACCACAAAUCCCACCCCUGGUUGCACCGAAUAACGAUGUGGGUGUUGAUGGUAUGGUAAUUAACUUGGCUAGUUUAUUGGAUGCGACCGCGACGAACCCAUUUGGAAAUGGAUACUAUCAAGGAGAGGCAGAUGCACCAUUGGAGGCUGCUUCUGCUUGUCCUGGUGUAUAUGCUAAGGGUGCUUACCCUGGCUAUGCUGGAGAUUUGUUGGUGGAUAAAACUACAGGUGCAAGCUACAAUGCACAUGGUACAAAUGGAAGGAAAUACGUGCUUCCUUCUUCAUACAAUCCUUCUACAUCUACAUGUUCAACUUUGGUCUAG